UCAGAUUGUGUCCGCCCUUGUGUUCGUCAGCACGUGUUGGCAAAUUACAUCUCGUUCGAAUCGAUUCCGAUUUAAAGAAUCAGGAUCAAGAUACCUUCCAAGAAACGGUUACUGAACUCGUGUUGUGAUUGUUGACAGCUCUGAUCAAUAAGUGCUCCAAAACCGGGAUAUCACAAUAGCAGUUCGAAAAAACUCAAAUUUAUACAUACGAAAACCAAAACUAGGACGAAUACGUAAUCGCCUUAGUGUCGUAUCGCGAGCGAAAAAAUUCACCCAUCAAGCUGUCGAAAUGCCUGAUUUUGUAAUUGAAAAACGUAACAUACCGAUUCUGACCAUAGCGUCCACCAAUAACGGAACUUCCGGUGGCAACAACAGCAAUGGCGCAGCGAACGGUGAAAAUGCGCUUGGCUUCCGGAUUACUGGCGGGGCCGAUUUCGAGAUGCCCAUCACCGUGUUUCAGGUCAAGGAGAACAGUGCGGCAGCCAAAGCCGGACUCAAGCUGGGCGAUGAGAUAGUGAAGAUCAAUGGAGCGGAUGCUUCGGCCAUGCGACUGGCCACGGCCGAAUCCGUCAUCAAGCAGGCCGGCGAACAGCUGCAGCUGGUAGUGGCCAACUCCGAACAGCAGGUUGUUCCGCACCCGCCCGAGUACUACAAAUGGCCGCACCAGAAGCAUAACGUGAUGCCCUUCGAAGUGGAGGAUCUCUCGGUGCAGGUAAUCCGCGACCGUUUUCUCAUCCCCGAGCAGAUCAGCUGGCAUAGUCCGAAGGUGGCCAAAACUGGCCCCAUUCAGGACUUGCUGGAGUUCAACGAUCAGGAGGCGGCUUUGAUGAUGUCUGAAUCGGCGGGGCCCAUGGGGCCAGUUUCUUCGGGGGAAGCGCCGCCGCCAUCAGGCCCAGAAGCCAUCAAGGACGACGAGGAGGCCCCCAAAGAUCCGGAAAAGCCGAAGGAAACGCGCGAAAUUACGUUCGCAGUGACUCGUCCCAAAUCGAGCAGCCGGAGUCCAUUCCAUCCGUCACCGGAUAGAGCGGGACAUCGAGCCACCAGAGGUAGGAGCAGCUGCAGCAAUCGGGACAGCUCGAGGGGCUCUUCGUGCGAGUCGUGCUGUGAGUAUACAAACCAGGCCGUGGUGGAAGAUCAGUUGCGGCAGAUGCAGAAGCAGCUGAACGAAAUCAGCAUCAUCCCCAUGCAAAUUCAGGCUACGCUGAGCUACCUCACAAAAACGUUGGCCAAAUUUGCUCCGCCAGAAAUACAGCGGGAAUUUCCGGCUUCACUCAGCCGGAGCAGCAGUGUCCGGGAGACGAUUAUAGAAGAGAGUGAAGAAGAGGAGGAGCAGGAGGAGAACGGUGAGGAGCUGACAGAUUGCAGUGACAUUGAUGACGAUUGGAGCGAAUUGCUGAAGGCUCUGUUCGAUGAGUCGCAAGUGAGUGAUAAGGUUGCUCCAAGAAACUGGGACUUGUGGGAUGAUUUGGACGACCAGGAAAAUCAAGAACCUACCAAAGAAGAUCGACAGCGUAUGGAGAAGAUGGAACGUAUAUCAAAGUUGGAACAAGCCUGGCCAUGGUCCCAAUCGGUUAAGCCAAUUCAUAAGAGAUCCAACUGUCAUCUGGUUCCGAGUGUGGCCCUUGAGAAGUGCAAAAUUAAACAGAUAACCGAGAAGGAAGUUCCAUUCUACAACAGAGGAUACCGCCAGCGGUUCGGAAAUUAGUAUCUAUAAUCCGCUUGAAAUUUAAUUGAUACUUUCGUACUUAUUUUUAUCUUUAGGAUAUGUUCUAGAGAAGAUAACGUUACUUACCAAAUUCAACAUCAACUCUCGUCCGGAAUCGUUUAGGUUGAUUCGGUUCAUUCAGGAUUAGGAAAAAUUAAACUACAAAAAAGAAUUGUAGAACAAUAUGAAAUAAACAGAUAGGAAAACACUUUGGUCACACGAAUCGAAACACUUCUAGUCGCAGCGAACGGAAAACUAAAAAAAAUGAAGAA